AUGGGUACUAGAGAAGUAUACGAAGAGAAACUGAGGAAUGGAAAUCUCCACCACGAUCCAACCAUAAACCCUGGCCUUGGUUCUGCUCGUUGCCCUCGUUGUCUAUCUCUUCUCAAUCCUAAUUCCGAAAGAGGUGAAUGGACUAUUACUCCCGUCUUGCAUGAUGCCACUGCCGUGGUUGGCUCGGGGUUUGGCGGAAUGAUUAGUGCAGUUCAUGUUUUGAAUAGAGGGUUGCCAUAUCUUCAAAAUCGUCUGAAAGGACCAAAGUGGCUGCCUUUUCUUGUUGGGAUCCCUCCAUUGUUGAUAUUUUCAGGAGCAAGUGCUGCAUUUGGAGGUUAUGCGCUUCCAAAUUUUGCCCAACUCACUGUGACAUCCUAUUAUGCAAGCUCAAGUGCAUCCCAUUAUGGAAUCUCACUUCUCACCCGGCAUAUUGAAGAAAACUACAAUUCCAAUAAUCUGCAUCUCAAGCGGAUGUGA